AUCCGGAUGGCGUUCGUCCUGUACAAGAAUCUGGGUUCGUAUCUGACCACUGAAAACGCCAGCAUGAAGUUCAGCAGCGAGACGUUAAACACAAACUACUCUGUCAUCGUCAACUCUCCUGUUAUAACGGCGGCCAUCAACAAAGACAGUAACAAAGUCUACCUGUCCGACCCCGUCAUAUUCACCAUGCGGCAUAUUCAGCAGUCAGAGGAGAAUUUCAACCCCAACUGUUCGUUCUGGAGCUACUCGAAGCGCAGUAUGAUGGGCUUCUGGUCGACGCAGGACUGCCGGCUGCUGGGAACCAACCGAACGCACACCACCUGCUCCUGCACACACCUCACCAACUUCGCUGUGCUCAUGGCUCACGUGGACGUGAAGACGGCAGACUCGGUUCAUGAUCUGCUGCUGGACAUCAUCACAUGGGUGGGAAUCCUGCUGUCUCUGGUCUGUCUGCUCGUCUGCAUCUUCACCUUCUGCUUCUUCCGCGGCCUGCAGAGCGACAGGAACACCAUCCACAAGAACCUGUGCAUCUCGCUCUUCAUCGCUGAAACACUCUUCCUCACUGGCAUCAACCGCGCGGACCAGCCCAUCGCCUGCGCCGUCUUUGCGGCUCUGCUGCAUUUCUUCUUCCUGUCUGCGUUCACGUGGAUGUUUCUGGAAGGCGUUCAGCUCUACAUCAUGCUGGUGGAGGUGUUUGAGAGCGAGCAUUCGCGCAAGAGAUAUUUCUACCUGGCCGGAUACGGCAUUCCUGCGCUCAUCGUGGCCGUUUCUGCCGCAGUGGAUUACCGCAGUUACGGGACGGACAGAGUGUGCUGGUUGCGGUUGGAUACUUAUUUCAUCUGGAGUUUUAUAGGCCCCGCCACACUCAUCAUCAUGCUGAAUGUGAUCUUCCUGGGAAUCGCUCUCUACAAGAUGUUCCACCACACCGCCAUCCUGAAGCCAGAUUCUGGUUGCCUUGACAACAUCAAGUAA